CGACUUUCACUUGAGAUUGGAGAAGAAGAUGGGUGAUCGUAGUCUAUGUGCUACUUUCAGAUUUUACUGGGUUUCACAGUAAUAUAUCAAACCUCAGGGACCAAAAGGAAUUCUGGCCAGGCCCCUAUACUUAACAGACCAACUCUACAGAGAUUAGGAGUUCUCUCUCCAACUCGAUUGGUAGGGUUUUCUUUCUCAAAUUAAAAAUUAGAAAUAAUAUUAUAUAAUAGAACUUUCUCUUUCUCCGCGAAACAAAGCUAGGGUUUUUCUGGGGUUUAUUCUGAAAAAUCUAACACCCACGUGGAGAGCAGGUUCCAGAUACUCUCACAGAUGGUUCGAAUUAGACUUCUUCACUCUUUCUCUCGGAGACUUUCUGAAGAUUCUCGAAAUUCAGUAUUGAGGACCGUAAUUGGAGGAAGUCACAGGAGCUUCAAUGCGGGUGCUCGCGACCCAGUUUGGGUUACAGGAAAUUGUGCUUUUAAAAACGUUAAUAAUCAUAGAAACUGCUUUCUGUUUGGUCUUGCGAAUAGCAAUUUGGGUGCGACGAGGUCAAUCCAUGGGACUGCUUCCAUGUCAGCAAGAGAUUAUUAUGAUAUACUUGGUGUGAGAAAGAAUGCAACUGCAUCUGAGAUAAAGAAAGCUUACUAUGGGCUAGCAAAGAAGCUGCAUCCAGAUACAAACAAAGAUGAUCCAGAAGCUGAAAAGAAGUUCCAAGAAGUUUCAAAGGCAUACGAGGUUUUGAAAGAUGAGGAGAAGCGCAACAUUUAUGAUCAGGUUGGCCAUGAAGCAUUUGUGCACCAAGAAACCAAUGGUGGUCCAGGGCAUGAUGGUGGUUUUGGAAAUCCAUUCCAGGAUAUCUUCAAUAUGGAGAAUAUCUUCAACAUGAAAGAUUUUUUCAGAAACAGAAUGAGUGGCCAAGAUGUCAAGGUUGCAGUUGAGCUGUCCUUCAUGGAAGCUGUUCAGGGGUGUUCCAAAACCAUCACAUUUCAAACAGAGUUGCCUUGUGAAGCUUGUGCUGGUGAAGGUGUCCCUCCUGGAGUUAAACCUGAAAAAUGUAGGAAGUGUAAGGGUUCAGGCAUGGAGUUUAUACAGAAUGGCUUUAUUAGCAUUAAUCAAACUUGUCGACAGUGUGGCGGAAGGGGUCAAGUUGUAACAAGCUUAUGCAAAGCAUGCAAAGGAGCUAGAGUGGUGAAAGGAUCAAAGACGGUGAAAUUAGAUAUUAUGCCUGGAGUUGACAACAAUGAAACUUUAAAGGUCUUCAGAAGUGGUGGAACCGAUCCUGAUGGAAAUCAACCUGGGGAUCUAUUUGUUACCAUCAAGAUUAGGGAAGACCCUGUUUUCCGUAGAGAAGGUGCCAAAAUUCAUGUAGAUGCUGUUUUGAGUGUCACUCAGGCAAUGUUGGGAGGAACCAUUCAGGUCCCAACUCUCACCGGAGAUGUUGUACUUAAGGUCCGCCCUGGAACCCAACCUGGGCAGAAGGUGGUUCUGAAGAACAAAGGGAUUAAAACAAGAAACUCAUAUAAAUUUGGUGAUCAGUAUGUGCACUACAAUGUCAACAUUCCAACGAAUCUUAACCAGAGACAACGUGAAUUGAUCGAAGAGUUUGCCAAAGAAGAGCAAGAAGAAUAUGAUAAGUGUGCUGCUGCUGGAGCAUCCAGAUGAAAGACCUCUCCCCUCAGUCAAAUUCUUUGUUGUCAAUUUAGUCCUGUUAUGUGGGACAAAAAUUAGGAAUAGUUGGAAAAGCAAAUUAGCUUUCUGAGUAAUCCCGCCUGCUUUGGAAGUUUUGUAGGAGUCGGAUUUGACCUCUUUUUUAUGUAUAACGUAUGUAAUUAUAUUUAUUUAUUCCAAAAAAAUCACAAAUAAUAGUCUAUCA